GUGAUUUGAAAAAAGUAUCGAGUUAUUAAGAAUACAUAUAUUCGGUUUACUUUCAUAUAGCCAAUAGUGUCUGUAUCAAUUUAAGAAUAACAUUACCAGCUGAUGACAAAAGAAUGGACAGGACAAAUAAAGAGACACCAAACCAUAUAAAGUUAGCAUAUAUUUUGUUCAGAAUGUCUCCUGAGUUGAUCAUUAAACAUAUUGAUAGGACAUAUCCCGGAGGCUUAGAACAUGCAAUUAAAGAAAACAAGGAAAUACUGAAAGAACGACUAUCAACAGACGAAUUUAGACAAGUGUGUCAAAUUGAAGUUCAAUUACAACAUAUGAUUCACCCUUACUAUCAUGAACUUGUUAACAACACAACACUUGAUGGCUCAGUUCUGGAUUGUCUAAUAUCGAAAGGUGUUAUAUCAUUAGAAGAGCGAGAGAAGGUCAAAAGAUGCCCAAAUCAGUCUGCAAGAAAUAAAAUGAUAAUUGAUCUUCUAAUGAAUCGACCUUACAACGUCAGAGAUACAUUAAUUGAUGCGUUGCGUAACUCUGGUCUUCAAAACAGCUGCCUGACUGAGAAAAUAAUAAAUACAAAAGUAGAUGCGGCAGCAAAAAACCUAAAGCGAUCAGAAAUAAAUGAAUGCACGAUUAGGCUGGAAAAGAAUUAUUUCAUGUUAGUCCAACAAACUACUUCUCUGGAAAGUGUGAUUGACAGCUUGAUAUCAACUGAAGUAUUGUCCAUAGACGAUUCAAGCGACAUUAUGUCCACAGCAAAUCGAUCUGACCAAGUCAGAGAACUAAUCGGAAAAAUUAGAAAUCAGACAGCAUAUAAACAUUUUCUAUGCGCUUUGCGACUGGAUGAGGUCAACAAGCAACUUGCUGAAGUGUUGGAAACAACAGCGGUUUCCGAAGAGGAAAAGCAUUCUGCAGCAAUUAUGGAUAGCCCAAUAUUCAGAACCAUUUCUAUUGAUAUUGCAAUAGUAAUGUAUAAAGUGAUUAUAGACAUCAAAUCACAAAAUAUCCAACUGGAUAUGAAUAAGAACAUCGUAGACGGUGAAUUGGAGAGACUCCAGUAUUACUGUAAUGAUAUUAUUGACGUUCAAGAGAUUAGUGAUGAACAAUAUGAUGGGAUUUUAAAGUCGGUUGCUUAUAUUAUAGCAAGAAUAUGUUGUUCAUCCCAGGAACUGUCUUUUGAAGUUGAACUGUCCACUGAAGUGAUAAAUGAAAUGCAUAAAGUACUACAAAAUAUGAAAGAUAAUGCAGUUAUAAAAAGCCUCCAGAGAAAACUUAAAGACAUUGAGGAGGAUGGUAAAGAAUGCAUUCCCGAAAAUGUUAGAUCAUCUCAUCUCAAGGUAAUUGAACAAUGGAUUCCUUAUGAAAAAACCUUUGCAGUAACUAAGGCUUCUGAGGAAGUAAUGUCAGCCAUUAACAAACAUAAUUGCGUAAUGAUAAUUGGAAGUCCAGGAUCAGGAAAAACGGCUACCUCUCAUCAUGUUGCAUUGAUUUAUAUGCAAAAAGGGUACCAGCUAGUACCAGUAUAUUCUCCAAGUGAAAUUAUUAAAUACGGAAAUGCAAACAAAAAGCAAAUAUUUUUAUAUGAUGAUAUAUUAGGCGUCUUUGGAGUUAAUCCUGACAAGGUGAAUAAAUUAGAACGAAGACAAGAGCUGCUGUUGUCAGUUUUAGAGAAUGGUUCGAAACUGAUUAUGACGUGUCGUAAAUCAGUAUUUAAGGCAACUGAAAUGCUAUGCGCCUUUCAAUCGACAACGGUAUUUUUCCUAAAACAUGUUGUUGACUUAGAAAGUACGCAGUUUUGUGUAAGCGAAGAUGAAAAACGAUGCAUCCUGAAGAAGCACUGUUCUGAAGUAGGUAUAAACCCAAAUAAGUAUACGUCCUGGUCGUUUGAAUCAGCAAACAUUAUGUUUCCUCUUUUAUGUCGCCUUUUUGCAAAUGAGAAAAAGUACCAAGAUAUUGGAUUGCGAUUUUUCAAUGAACCACAUGAAUGUUUAUAUGAAAAGUUAGAUGAAUUGAAGUGUAGAAGCAAAACCCAUUAUGCAGCACUAGUCUUAUGCAUGAUCAACAAAGGGAAAUUAUCGGAGGACGAUUUUCCAGAAAUUAAGGUCAAGCAAUUAGUUUAUAAUAAAUGUCGGCUUAACGAUGGGACGCCCGAGUUGGAUUUGUUAGAUGCUUUAGAUCAUAUGUUGGAGACGUAUGUGACAUGAUGUGAUGGUGUGUUCCGAUUCAUCCAUGAUAGCAUAUUCGAAGUUACCGCUUCCCAUUUCGGAAAUCAAUAUCCUAAUUUGAUAAUAGAGUACCUAGACAGUAACUACAUUGCUCAUAAGGUGCGGGUAAUACCCGAGGAAUUAAGUCAAUGUUUGUAUGUUAAAGUACGAGAGCAACAUUAUUCGUCCUUGGGAAACAGGAUUUACAGAGAUAUCACGACUAUGGAACUUUUUGAUGUUUUCAUGAACAAAUCAUUGACUUAUGAACCAUUUCUGAUUUUUUUUCUGAAGAUGUUAGGGAAAAAGGCAUAUGAAGAAAUCAAAGACCUCUUUUUGUCCAUUCAAACUGGCAGUAUAUCGACACAUAUCGUUAAUCAAGGGGAGAGCGUCAUCGAAAAAGUUAUGAAUAAAGACAGGUUUAGAGAUUCCUUUGUAAGUAGAAGUCAAGAUAUACUUCUGGACAAAAUAGUUAAAACUGACAACUCAGUAAUAUACCAAAUUCGAGUUCUCAGUUGGGUUAUAUAUUAUAGGCACACAUUGCUUUUGAAGUUUAUUAUUGACUUGGUUUUGUCCAAUAAUGAAUCUACAGACAUAAUAUUUGGUACAAGUGAAACAGAACAAACUAGACUUUUAAUACUCGCAUGCUUCAGUGGAAAUUUUGAUAUGUUGAGAUUGAUACAACAACAUGUAAGCUCUAAUUGUAUAAAUGGAGCUUUGUUACCAAUAACGGCCAGUUGGUCAGAAAAGAAAAAGAAUCCCCACAGAUGCAAAACUCCGUUAUCGGCUGCCUGUUUACGUGGGGAUUUAGCAAGUAUUGAAGAAUUGUUAAAGUUAGGUGCGGAUGUCAAUAUGCCAGACAGUGCAUAUCUUCUCCCUAUUCUAGCAGCUGCCUAUUCAUGUCACUGGGAUGCGAUGGAUCUUUUCAUAAAUAAAAAUGCAGACAUUAAUAAAGGAAAUCACUCUGGAACACCACCGUUAAUACUUGCAGCAACUGUUGGACACACUGAGGCAAUUGUACAAUUGUUAAAACGUGGAGCUACAGUUAAUUUGUGCAAAAAUGAUGGGACAUCUGCCGUACAUCGCGCUUCGGAUAGAGGUCAUUUAGAGGUCUUACGCGUUCUUGUACAAGAAGGAGGAAAUAUCAAUUCAUGCAACCAUGAUGGUGAAUCACCCCUGUUUAUUGCGUCAAAGAAUGGACAUAAAGAAAUAGUAAAGUAUCUUCUUCAGACAGAUGCAAAUGUAAACUUAUCAAAUAACACGUCAAGGUCUCCAUUAUUUGCAGCGUGUUAUCAAAACCACCUUGCUGUUGUAACCGAACUCCUGGAAAACAAUGCACACGUAGAUUUCGUUGAUAAAAACAACAGGACACCAUUAUACAUUGCGUCAAGAAAAGGGCAUGUAAAAUUAAUAAGUACUCUAUUUAAAUAUGGAGCUAAUCCAAAUAUCUGCGACAACCAAGGAAGAUCUCCAUUAUCAAUUGCAACGACUAAUGGGCACAGUGAAGCCUUAAAAGUACUCUUAAAUAACGGUGCUAAUGUAAAUUUACAAGAUGAAAAUAACAUUUCCCCACUUUUCCUAACUUCUGGGAAUACCGAUUUGCAGGGACUACUUUUGCAAUAUGGAGCAGACAAGACCAUUAAGCCUUAUUUAAAUUAUAUAAUACGAUCACAUAUCAAUUGCUGCAAAAAAUAUUAUCUCGUUUUUUUGGGAUUAAUAUUAACUCUGUUUGCUUGUUUAAUAAUCUUUUAUUAAAUAAAUUAACAAUUUUCCUCAUGUAAAAGUAAAUUUUGGGGAACUCAUUUUCCCUUGUUCUUUAUAUACGUACAUGUAUACUAUGUUGUUUUUUUCAUAGCACAGCUAGUAGCUGUUGUAAUUUGAUACCAAAUAUAGUAACGAAGUUAUAUUUCGUGCCAUGUUGUUUUCAUAUAUUGCAUCAAGGGUUUCUAUUGGUAAAGCUGAAGCUAUUUUAUAAACGUUUUUCAGACGCAAUCAUGAUUUGUUUGACGCGUAUCUACGCCAAAGUUGACCGUAAGAGAGGUGAAAGAUACGAAAGAAAUAUUUAAUCUAAGAAAACCGACAAUGCUAUGGCAAAAAACGAAAAAGGACCAACAAUAUGUUUAACUUGUCGGAACCACUGUCCAGUUCUCUUUAUGAGGAAUAUGGCAUUACAUUACCGAAUGCGAUUAAUCCUUGUAUUCUCAUUUGCAAUCAGUAUACUUAACACGACAAGUGUCUGUAAUGAGGUAGGAAGAGAUUUAUCUUUGGAGCACCUCAAUGUAACCUCAGAUUGUCAUAGGAUUAGUAUUGCGUAAUGUUUUAUUUUAUUUUGUAUUUUGUAUUUUUGUUUUGCUGUUUGUUAUUUACCUUUAUUUUAUUUUUCGCAAAGGAUAUAUCUUUUUGUAUGUGAUAUAUUUAUAUGCAAUGCUUUUGACCAAGAACAUUUGCUGUUUAAUUCUACCUCAGCUCUAUUAAGAUUUUUAAUUUUAUAAACAAAAACACUGUUAUAAAUCGCUGUACCUCUAUUUGAGCUGUUGCUUUGAUAUAUUUUUUAUUAGAUAUUUGCAUAACAUAAUUGUAUAUAACUAUAUAAGAAUCACCUGCAGAAUGUUAUAUCGUUUCUGUGAUUUCUUGUAGAGGAAAUCUGAGUGUAAUGGAUUGAACGCGUAUAUAAAUUUCAGUGUGUGUAAUUUAA